UGUGUUACACAUUUAUGUGUAUAAAUACUGGCCCCAUCAGUCCAUCAUAGUCUGGUUAGAGACUUGGAUGUUUACAUUAAUUGUCUUCAGCCAUGUUUUACGACUGCUUCAUCAAAGUGUCAGCGGAUUUAAUAUUCCUCAGAUAGUCAGUGACAGAUGAUCAGCUAAGAUGUAACCUAGAACUCCCGACCAAAUUACAUCACAACUUUUACUGCGGUCUCCUCACAUGAAUGCGGUCUAUAUUCACUACAAAACUCAACAUGGAUAUAUCGGACGAAUCGGAAAGUGAACCCAACAUGGACCACAACAAACUCUUCAGUUCAACCUGACGAUUAUAACUUAGUAUACACAAUGACCGUAGAUCGCCACGAUAAUAACUUUGUAUACACAAUGACCGUAGAUCGCCACUACUAAUAAUCACAAAUACGCAAUGGAGAAUAAGUUUGGUGUCACAUUAAAGUCCACUGGGGCUGGAAAACCCACGGACCGUAAUUUUAAGCCGUCAGCUUCAGCAUCUUCUGCAGUAAAGAAGUCAAGCUUUACAGGACCCCCUCCAAAGUUCACAGACAUCAAGGCCCGGUUUGAUGAUGAGAAAAAGGAACAGGUUUCGGAGAAAACAUCAGGCUCCCCAGGAACCAAGCAGAGAGAGUUUGGAACCGAUUACUCGGCGAAGAAAACAUUAGGGUCCCCAGGGACCAAGCGGAGAGAAUUUGGAACUGAUUACUCGGCAAAGAAAAGCAACAGUGGUGUUAAUGAUAAAGGCAAAUUAACUCAACCAUUGAAAGUGGGAAAAGCUGGAGAAAGUGGUUUUCAGAGGAAUGUCACAAGCCGAGGAUCAUUUGAGCGAAAAACAAAAAUUGAGGAAAAGGGGAAGCUGGAUUUACAGGAUGAUGACGGUGCCCAGAUUGUUGUCGGGAAAGUUUUCACUCGACAAGACAGCAAUACAUAUACAGCUACAGUGGAGAAUCGCGUCCAAAGACAGGGGUCAAGUGACGAUCCAGUAGACAAGGUUAGAGCUAGCAAUCUACUAACAGGACAACUAGCAAUGCUGAGGAUCCGACCGGGAAGUGGAGGAAAGAAAGACGAACGUACAACAUUCUCCAGUCGAACCGUGGAGAAAUCUAACAAUGGUUUCAAUAAGGUGGAAACCACAACCACAACAAUUAAAAGUAAUUUCAACACAAAGAGCAAACCAUUCUCAUCAAACUCUGGGAGUAAUGGAUCCCCAAAACUAGGAAAAAAAUUUACAUCUUCAUCAAGUGCACCAACAGAAUUCGGUCUUUCAUUUUCACCAAAGAAAAGUGACGACAAUAAAUCUCGGGACUUGCUAAGUAAAACAUUCUCAUCUCAUAGUCGACAAUCCAGUAGUGAUUCAUUAGGUAGCUCCACUAGCAGCCCUCGAUCAAACGUAUCCACCGAUCUCGUGCAAUUAGACUCUUCUUCACUUAAAAAGCUUGACUCAAUCCUUGGAACAGGUAGCGUAGAACAUUUAGGAAAUCGUAAGGAAACAAAGACCGUAACAAAAACAGUUGAAACUGGAGCCAAACGACCAGGAAGUCCAAGAACCAUUGUCACAGAAACUAAAAUUGUUACAACUAGUGUUUCAAAACGACCUGGAAAUAAAACUGUAAGUUCCCGCGAGGAAGUUACUUCGUUCAGUACCAGUCAAUCAGAAAGUAACUCUCCCCGAUCUUGGGGAGGUAAAAAGACAGACGUCAUAAAGACAUCUAGUGAAGAUUCAAAGCCAGAAUGGCUGGAUAAAAGCAAAGAAAUGGUGAAUAAGUUCCAAACCAAAAUGAAACCAACAACAAGAGAUGUGUUGGUAACUAACAGUGAUAAAUCAGACGUAACAAAGUCUCGUCUCAGUAAACCUGUAGACAAGACAGUUAAACAACUAUCGGCCAAUAAAGGUAAACUGGGUAAAACCGAUAUAAAUAGCAACAAAAUGACACCUGCUUGGGAGACUAGAGUUGUCUCCUCAAGUCUUCAGCGACGAUCGUCAGAUCUGUCCGACACCGGAAGUGAUAUUAGUAGUCGGAGUUCCAGUAGUUUACCCAGUAGUAUUGACUUAGUAAAGAAAAGGGAAUGCACCAUUAGGAAAAUGGAACCCGGAAACUUCAGAAAGAUUAUGGGUAAUUUUGAAGAAAAGAGUAAAAGUGGAAGCACAACACCCGAACGAAAAAUAUCAGAUCCCAAAUUGGAAUUUAAAAAGCCUUUAUCAAGAGCCAAAAGUAUUGUGUUGGAACGUAAAAAUUCUUUCGAGUGUCCACAAUCGCCACAACUUUCACCAAGGGAUGCAACUCAUUUAGUUCUGAAGGAGACGGGAGCCAUACCAAAUGUGAAGAAGUUCGCUAAGGAGAUCAAUUCUGGACGAGCACGCGCAUUCAGUACAGGAAGUAUAAAGGAUUCUGGGAGUGAACUGGAGUAUCAUGAUGCUAUAUCCCGUCGCCAAGGCCAGGAAUGGCCCAACAGUGAUCUCAGCAGCGAUGAAAGUGAGGCCCUGUAUGAAUUUAUCGGAGAUCCAGGUGAAGGAGAUCGGGAUGGAGAACCGCAGAACAGUCGCAGCAUGGCUCGCAGACAUGGCCAGAAAAGUCCUGAUUUAGAUAGUGGGAAAGGAGUACACCGACCUAGUUAUGAGGAGCAGAGUUCAUCAGACAUGACAGCAGAGAGCAGUAGUAAAGAUGGAACUCUGGAGAGUUUAGAUGAUCGAGCUGUAGAAGGUGAUGCUGAGAAUGAAUCGGAUAGCAGUAACUCUGGUAUCUACGAACCAAUCAACCAAGACUGGGUUAAUAAGUUAAAAGUAGAACAGCGUGACCAACCACCGGAGCUCCCUGCAGACAGGAAGAAGAAAAAGAAAAAGAAAGAUGGCAAUAAGAGUGGAGCGGCAGCAAUCGGAUCCAAAUUAAAAAAGUUAUAUAAUAAACCAAAGAAAAGCAGUGGUGAGCCGGGACUUACUAAAGUGUCGUCCGCUCCUCAGCUAAGUCUGUCGGAACAGACUUCAUCUGGGGUGUUAAACAAACUUGGUGAUAAAUUGAAAUUAAUCAAACGUGCCAAGUCUUCAGAUCCAAAAUUACUGGCAGAAGCAGAAGUAGUGAUAUCGAGUAGCGAAUACGACCCUGAAGGAUACGACUGUGAGUCAAACGAUAUGAAUAUCCCACUGGAAGAUAUUGUGUACAUUGACUCCUCAGACAGUAUUGAACUGCCAGAGUCACCAGAACAUGAAAACCAAAAUAGCUAUGAGGACACCGCACCACCCCUACCCCCACGGGUCACAUCCGACGAGGAAAGUGCCCCCAAACCACCGCCAAAGACUCGUUCCAGUAUGAUUAAUACAAUUGAUGCAAAUUUGGGACUUGUACCAAUGCGACCACCCAAACGGAAUAGUUCUCGGCCUCAGUCUGAGGAUGAGGCCCCUACUCCUGCUCUACCCCCUCGGAAUCGAGUCUCCACCAAUUUCAACCUAGACACAGUUGUGCCCGUUAACCCGGGGCUAGUUUCUUCUGCACACUCUACUGGUGAUCUCAGGAAUGCAAAAGGCCAAUGGCAAGCCAGUAAGGACAGCUAUCUCCAUGGACACUUGGUACAGUCAUCAUCCAAUAAGGACCUCGACCACUCGGAUGGACCACCAGUAUCAUCCCAUCACAAAACUGAUGAUGAGAACAUCUACAUAGAAUGUGAUCGACCUACAGGACAGGAGGGAGGCAAACGUCCACUAGAAAAGAAACUGUCGUCUAUGUACAUGAAGUCCACGGAUGUAGCUAGUGCCCCUGAUAGAGGUCAGACAAACCUGAAAUCAACAGUCCCGUUACAAGAUAUCAUGAUGUUCCAGUCUCAGUACCAGAACACAGCCGAUGACAAUAUGUACCUCGAUCUGAAAAGGAUAAAGUGUUUACACCCCGUAGUACAGAGAUAUGACUUAGAGGAUGAGGACCAGUUGUACGGAACGCUCGGGGAGCGCUACACACCAAAAAUCCACGCUGCAGAGCCUCUCUAUCAAUAUUACCACAAAGACAUGGCGUCUCGCGCCAGCAAGAAAUGUACAGUGAUGCAUGCGCAAAGUGACGAUGAAGAAGAUGAUGAAAGGAUCUAUGAGGCAUUAGAUGAUGUAAUAGAAUCUCCAGUUGAAACAAAAGCAGACCGAGUUAAGACAUCAACAUUGGAGAUGUUUACCAAGAAAUCGGGGACUGCAAUGAGAGCUCUGUGGUGUGAAAUGCCGGAGGUCAAAGACAGUGGUCUCCUGGAGAAAUUAUCAUCACAAGAACGAAAGAUUCAAGAGGCAACAUUUGAAAUCAUCACAUCAGAGGCAACUUAUCUACGCAGUUUAAACGUACUGAUGAACACGUUCCUGUUAUCACAGGAAUUCUCCGCAGAACAUUCCGACCGCUGUGUCCUCACGAGGCAGGAACGGCACGUUAUUUUCUCCAACAUUGGAUCCAUCAGGGACACCAGUGAGAGAUUUCUGUCAGCGCUGGAGGCCAAAUGGCAGGAAUCCGUUAUGAUGGAAGACAUUUCCUCUGUUAUCGAGAGUCACGCUAACGCAAAGUUUGAGUGUUAUGUCCGUUACUGUAGCAACCAGACAUUCCAGGAGCGACAAGUUCAGGAACUUAUGAAGAAACCUGAGUUUUCGGAUGUGAUCAAGCGAAUGGAGAACAGUCCCGAAUGUCAAGGUCUUCCCAUGACGUCGUUCCUUCUACUUCCUAUGCAGCGAAUUACUCGACUCCCACUCCUAGUGGAUGCCAUCUGUCACCGCAUGGAGCCGGCUACGGAGCAGCACAAGGGUGCCACACGUGCUCUGGAUGCACUCAACAAGGUGGUACGGAAAUGUAACGACGGGGCCAGGAAGAUGCAGCAGACAGAACAGAUGUGCCGCCUUGUACAAAAUCUAGAGUUCAAGGUCAAAGAAAUUCCUCUUGUAUCUGCUUCCCGACAUUUGCUGAAACAAGGGGAGCUAACUCGGGUUCUUACAGACACAUCGAGCCGACUUCCUCUACGGAAAGGGAAAACAAAACAGGCAGUAAACAUCUUCUUGUUUAAUGACAUCAUCCUCAUCAGCAAAAAGAAAAGAAAUAGAUUCUCGUAUAGUUUCACGCCUCAGAACAUUAAUGAGUUAAUUAACACACAGUAUGUGGUCAACGACUACGCUCCACGAAACGCCCUACAUGUUGAAACACUAGAUACUACGGACAAAUCUCGGUAUCUCCCCCAGGGCGCACCAAGUGGCUGUAAAAAUCUCUUUGUUGUCGUUUUACUGGAAAACCAUGAACAGAAACACACAGAACUCAUCUUAUCCUGUAAAUCUCCGAGUGACAGAACGAGAUGGAUAGACUCCCUCAGUCCAUCAGCAAAGGAAAACGAAAGUGAGAAAAUCUACGAGGAAUGGGAUUGUCCUCAAGUUCAGUGUACUACCAAGUAUACAGCAACCGAACCUGACGAACUCAGUCUCGAGGAAUCCGAUGUCGUCAAUGUGUUCAAAAAAAUGGGUGAUGGUUGGUAUGAAGGGGAGAGAAUCCGUGACGGAGAGAGAGGUUGGUUCCCAUCAGCCAACACUAUGGAAAUCGUGAAUUCCCACGUCAGGGCACGAAACUUACGUCUCCGAUACAGACUGUUAUUGGCCUCACAGGACUACGGAGACGUUUAUUCAACAUGAUCGGAGUCUUGAACAGACUUUGAAAUAAAGCAAUACACAAAAAAUGUGCAAACUUUUCGGUGAUCAUGACUUCCUCGUCAUUGACGACUUAAGACAAUCAUACUUACAUCAAUAUAGAAGGAUGAGAGGUUUAAGUGUUCUUCCUUAGGAUCUUGUCACGGGACGGUGAGGAUAUAUGAUACGAUGAGACAUAAUUGAUUACUUCUUGGAAGGUUUUAAUGGAAGUUCAGUAAGAAAUACUCCAACAAAUGUGUGAGGAGUUUCUCCUUCCUCCGAUAUUCCUCGUGACCUAUCAUUGGAUGUAUGUGAACCUUUCGUGUGUGUGUGUGUAUGAAGAUUCCAUUGGACGAUGCAGAAUUGUUGUGUGACUUCUCUGUGUCAUGUCAUAUGACUUUACUAUGACAUGUGACUUCUUUGUGUCAUGUCAUGUGACUUCACUAUGUCAUGUGACUUUGCUGUGUCAUGUCAUGUGACUUCACUAUGUCAUGUGACUUUGAUAUAUCAUGUCAUGUGAUUUCGCUAUGUCAUGUUACUUUACUGUGUCAUUUCAUGUGACUUCACUCUGACAUGUGACAUUGCUGUGUCAUGUCAUGUGACUCGCUAUGUCAUGUGACUUCACUAUGACAUGUGACGAUGCUGUGUCAUGUCAUAUGGUAUAUCUGUGAUAGCCAUAUGUUAUUUAGUAUUUACCUGUGAAUCCACUAUAUAGAAACAUGUCAUGAAUCUUUUAAAAGUCGUAUUCUAAUGGAGCAUAUCAAUGAACCUGCUUGUUGUAUUAUACUUGAGAUGGCUGUAUAUUACAAACUAAUUCUGCUCUAAAACUUAACAAGCAGAAUAAUUGUUGGAAUAUUGAUCAUUCAUCUGAGAAAUGCUGGCAUUUUUCUUAUGAAAUUUCAACAAACAGUAAAAUAUUAAAAUGUCCUAGAUUACUUGGUAUACCUGACUCUAUUGUACUAUAAUGUAUCAGAUCCAUAUACCUAGGUAUUGUAUUGUAUAUGAUCGAGCUGAUCAGUCGCUGAUUACAACAGUCAGUAGUUUUGUUUGUUUGAAUCCUGGUCCUUCUCUCACUAUUUAUGCCUUUUACAUUUCCACUCUGGGUAUCCACUCUGGGUAUCCACUCAGAGAAUCCACUUGGCAUAUCCACUCAGAGUAUCCCCUUGGAGUAUCCACUCAUAGUAUCCACUCUGAGUAUAUACUCAAAAUUUCCACUUGGAAAACGUCAAAAUGCUUAUUGUAUAACUGGUUACCUAAUUCCAUGUUCCACUUAGGAUCAGGUUUCUGAUAACAUCGGAGUUCUGUGUAUAUACGCUUCUUAAAACCAUACAUAUAUAAGGCUUACAGCAGUUUAUUGAUAUCGGGAUAAUUAAUGUGUUACACACACUGUUUUUUGCUUUCAGUAUAUUUCUGUUAAAAAAAAAAUUAAUACCAAAUUGCUAUCUUAGAAGAAUAUGCUUUUUCAAAGACAUUUUUUUGAAAUUUAAAAACUGAAGUUUUAUUAAUCAAUAAUUAAUAGUAGUCCGAGAAGUAUGAUGUCACUACCAGACGUAUUGUUGUAGUCAAUUUUAUAGUGGUAGUCGACAAGGUUGUCACUCACUCGUCUUCCGAUGCCAAAUCUGCUUAGAUAACAAAUGUUAAUGUAAUCGAAUCAUGCUGUAAGGAUUGUAUUGGAUCCAUAUGUCCAUAGGUUAAGUGGUAAUAUUUCAUACUCAUCCGUAUGUCCGUAGAUUAAGUGGUAAUUUUUUAUACUCAUGGCUGUUUCCUGCAUAACGAGAUAUUGUUUUAGUAAAAUAAUUUCUUUGGAAGCACAGGUGCAUUAUACAAUUUUUCAACUAAAAUUCAAUUAAAAAUAUUGUUAAACAUAUCACAAGUUUAUUCUAAUAUCAGUAUCAUCUUAUAUGUACUAGUAUAAUUUUACUAGAUAGCACAGGGGACUGUCAUAUGACAUAAGACCCAUCCAAGUAUUUAAUACUUAUCAUGCUACCAACUCCAUAAUAUUCCUGUAUCAGGUCCCUGUUGUCUUGGAGUUAACUCCCUUGAUAAAUGUUAUCAUAAUUAUAUAUCGUUACAAUAUUGCUUUGUCUACAUAGUUGCAUUUUUCAGCAUGGUACAAACUACAUCGCUUUCAUUUUAAAUAAUUCUUAAAGCAGCAAUUUAAACAUUGGUCACAUUAUUUGAAUGUCAUACUAAUUAACAGUUUACAUGUUAAUUAAAAAAAACAGCUUAGAUUACUUAAAAUAAUUUUCUUAUAAAUAUAUUUUGCUAAAUAAUUUGAAUGGAUUUAUUUUUGUAUUCAUAUUCAAACAGGUACAGUUUGUCAUAUUCACAGUGAUUGUGGGUUUUAUAUUAAACAAUUCUGUUGAACUUUGCACCUAUAUAUAUAUAUACCUUUGUUGUUUAAAUUGCCACAAUAUAAAUCACAUCCAUGUCAUCUAAUCGGCAAAGGCUUGUCCCUGCGUAUAGUGCCCAGUGGAUUUUUCACUUGUCAAUUUUUUAUAAAAAGUAAGCACUUUACACGCAAAUUUAAUAUUCAUAAUAGUAUAUAUAAUAGUGUGAUUUAAAGGACUAUGAAUGACAUUCAUCACGUGCCGUUGUAGCCAUUAGAACAUCUAAAGUUCAUCGUCAGAUUGGCUGUUCUAUCUAAAGUUCAUCAUCAGAUUGGCUGUUCUAUCUAAAGUUCAUCGUCAGAUUGGCUGUUCUAUCUAAAGUUCAUCAUCAGAUUGGCUGUUCUAUCUAAAGUUCAACGUCAGAUUGGCUGUUCUAUCUUAGGUUCAUUGCAGAUUGGCUGUUCUAUCUAAAGCUCAUCGUCAGAUUGGUUGUUCCAUCUAAAGUUCAUAGUCAGAUUGGCUGUUCCAUCUAAUUUAAAAGUUCAUCAUCAAAUUGGCUGUUCUAUCUAAAGUUCAUCAUCAGAUUGGCUGUUCUAUCUAAAGUUCAUCGUCAGAUUGGCUGUUCUAUCUUAGGUUCAUCGUCAGAUUGGCUGUUCUAUCUAAAGUUCAUCGUCAGAUUGGCUGUUCCAUCUAAAGUUCAUAGUCAGAUUGGCUGUUCCAUCUAAUUUAAAAGUUCAUCAUCAAAUUGGCUGUUCUAUCUUAAGUUCAUCAUCAGAUUGGCUGUUCUAUCUAAAGUUCAUCGUCAGAUUGGCUGUUCUAUCUUAGGUUCAUCGUCAGAUUGGCUGUUCCAUCUAAAGUUCAUCAUCAGAUUGGCUGUUCCAUCUUAGGUUCAUCGUCAGAUUGGCUGUUCUAUCUAAAGUUCAUCAUCAGAUUGGCUGUUCCAUCUUAGGUUCAUCGUCAGAUUGGCUGUUCCAUCUUAGGUUCAUCAUCAGAUUGGCUGUUCUAUCUAAAGUUCAUCAUCAGAUUGGCUGUUCUAUCUAAAGGAUUAUCAAAAACUUGUUUUUGUUUAAAGCAAAUUACAAUCUGUAUCAAACUAAAAGUUGUAGGAAAUGUCAAAUGAAUCUCAUAUAGAAUGGAUAAGCUGUUGAAGAAAACUGGCUACAAGGUUUUAACACAGGAAAAUUAACCUGUUGUUCAAAUUUCAAUUAUCUUGAAAUUGAAAUAUUUUUUUAAUCAGUUUUCUUAUACCAUUUUAGGUUGAAUUAACUUCAACAGACAGUUGUUUGGAAACUUUUCCCAAGAAACCAAUUACACCAUUUUGAAACAUAUCCUUAUUUUACUUUUUCUGAUUUUAAUGAUAUAUAAUAAAUAUAAUUUCAUAUUUUGUCAUUUAUUUUAAAUUAGGUGAUUCAAAUUAUGUGGUUCUGCUUUGUCCUUGUGUCGGUUGGUUUAUAAAUAGAUAUUUGAAUGCGCUGAUGUCUAUAAUAUAUCAGAAAUCCUGUCAAUUUGAAUUUGUUUUGAUUAAAAAGCAUUUUCUCAUAUUAAGAUUUUUUUGAUAGAUGAAUGAUUUACGUUUGAUGAUUCCACAUAGUUAUGCUAAAGAUAAAUACAUGAUUGUAUAUUAUAUAUAAUACUGUAAAGUGCAAUGUUAUAAUGAUGUUAGUUGUUGAAAAAUUAUGCAAACUUAACUUUCCCAAUCUAAUCCUAUACAUACAUGAUCUUGUACCAUUGUGGUGAAGGUUAACAUCGGUAACGUCUUCUCACAAAGAAUGUAAAAUGUGUUAUGAAUUCAAUGAUAAAACUGUAGAUUUCUAGAAAUGACCUUCAGUUAUAAAUUCUGUCUUAUCAAGAAUUGAGUAAUCUAUAAAUCUUAAUGUAUCGAACAUAUAAAGGUUUCUUAAAACAACUUAAACAAAAUAUGUUGUAGAUAUGGACCUGGAAUGUUUGGAAAUUACAUUAGAUUUAAACCUAGCAGCAUGUCCAGAUUUAAACCUAACAGCGUGUCCAGAUUUAAACCUAGCAGCGUGUCCAGAUUUAAACCUAGCAGCGUGUCCAGAUUUAAACCUAGCAGCGUGUCAUGUUUAUUGAUAACAUUCUCAGCUCCUAUCGGCUGUCAAACUAUCACUUUACCAUGUGACAUACCGACAGAGGGAAACGAAGGGAGGUAACCCUGUUAGAUCAGUAUUAAUAGAUGAACGUUAACUUCUGUGCAGUAAACUCACCAAUGUCUGUUAUCACAGUAAAUAAAUGUCAUUUCACUGUCCUGUAAUAAAUCCACUCUUGUGAUUUGGGUCGAAGAUUUAUGUGUUGACACGACAGACUUCACUUGUCACAGGAUAGAUAAAUGUACAAAUAUAUUCUAAAAUUAAACAGGAUUUUGAAAAUGAAAAACAGCAUACUAGGAAUAAAGUACUGUAUUCCAUCGUUUUCUGGUAAGGGAUAUUCCAGUGAAAUAUCUACACAACAGGAGGACUGCAGGUUUGUCAAAUAGGGACCACCAACAGAUUUAAUUAAAACAUAUGUAUUUAUCCUGUACACACCACAAAGAGAAUUGCUUUAUUUCUGGAGCUCUCCCGUAGGUUAUAUGUUUCACUAGAAUACCCGUUAUGCUUUCAUGCUGUGCAUUGCUCUCUGAAAGGGAGUUAAUUCUGUUAUAAAUAAUAACAUAUUCAGAAAUAUGGAGUUAUUUUAUUCAUAGUAAAGUAAUAAACAAUAAAACACGCUACAAAUCUAUUUUGUAACUCUUAGUUAAGAAUGUUUUAAUUUUAUCACAUGUAUGUCUGUGAAUGGUAAGAUAUCAACAUAACACUCAAAUGUGUUCAGGAUCUCCAGGACAGUGGUGUUACUUAGUGUUGAUAGCAAUGUGUGUUAUAGGGCCAUAACAACAUUAGCAAAAAGGUUAAUUACUUAUAUUUACCCAUUAAUUGAAGGUAGCCUAUUUUUUGUCUUAUUAUUUCUCUUUCCUAACAUUAGUAUGUAAAGUUCUUGGAACAGCAAAAUUGGUGUCAUCAAAAUGAGAUUAGUGACAUCACAAUUGAAAUCACAUGAUCUAACAGUGUUAUUGUCUCAUAACACAUUGCAUUCUACAUGUAUUCCAAGGGAAGGAUGCAGAUUAAAUGUAAAUAUAUAUGCGUAUUUUACAAGGGACGUAUGCAGACCUGUACAAAAGGCUUAAUUAUGAGGUAAAGCAGAAUGUUUUUAUAUUAUCACUCUUUCAUGAUCAAAAUAUGAGAGCGUGUUUCUGUGAUUAUCAUAUAUAUAUCAGAUAUAAAUAUUAUGUAAGCUAGACUAUUUCUUUGAUUUUAUCAUAAUGAUUUUUUAUAAGAAAUAAUUAUUAUGAUAGUUUGUUUUUAUAAUGCUGUCUUUAAUUACUAUAAACAUCUUAAUAUUUAUGUUUGACAGUUUUGUCUGUUAUAACAUUUCUCUUGGGAUCAAAGUUUUGCCAAUUCUUUUGUUGUUAAACCAGUAUUGUUACUUUCUAUAUGUAAAUUAGUUUAUUGUUUUAGUUGGUUAAAUUUCAAUCCUUACUGAAAUCUGAGGAUUUUACAGAAAAAUAUAAGCAUCAUGUCAGGGCUUUUAUAAGAUAUGGUCAACAUUGUCAGUUUUAUGAAAAAAAUAUGGACUUUAUGGUUAUAUUAAUUAGGUGGAGUAUUCCAACACUAUAAUGUAUCUCCAACAUAAAAGAGUUCUUAUUUGUUGUCUUUUUUCUAGCUUAAGCAAAGACUUAUAUAAUAUACUACUUUUAAAAAUAGAAUACAUACGAAAGGAAUUUCAUGGAACACUCGGCCUUAUGGGAUAUUAGCAAUAUAAUGUAUGUUGUAUGAUAAGAACAACAAGUUUUGUAAUACAUGUGCAAUAUUGACAUGUUUUUAAGACCCUGACAUUUUGACUUUUUUUUUUAUUCCUACCUGUAUGUGCCAUUCUCAGUUUCUUCCUAUAUAUCAUGUUCCUGUUUAUUUAUGUAUACAAGGUAUAUCAUAAAAAUAUUGUACAACAUA